AUGGGUCGUCCAUUGCUCCCGAUCUGGAAUGAGUUUGUAACGACGGUGCCUGCAGAUGCAGAUAAGCGCAGUCCAGAUGUCGCUUGUCUUCACUGUCGUGCUUUGGUAUGUAAUGCACGUCCUGUAAACCUCCUGAGUCAUGCGUCUCGUUGCUCCGAGAUGCCGGAUCAUAUCCGCCUUCGUGUAGGGAGGAGCGAUCGUCCACCAAAAGCAAUGGUGUCGCCUCUAGAGCUACAAAAUGCAAAAUCAGGACAAAUACAUAAUCAUAUACAAGAUGAAGGACAAGGUGAGAAGGAUGUUCCAUUAGAGACAGCAACAGCAGUGCCAACGGAGCGUCACUCUGUGUUGGGCAAGCGCACGCGAAUUGCUGCAUUAUCAACUGGUAUUCCAGACACUUUGGAGCGCGUACUCACGUCCAUCAAAGAUGUGAUGGAACAAUCACUGGAAGUCAAACGCCAGGAGCUGCAAUUAAGAAAGGAAGAGCUAGAGUUUCAGAAAGAGGCGCUGAGCGCGAAGCUGGAAGACCGCCGUCAAGCGCGAGAAGAGGAGAGGAGAGACAGACGAGAACAGCUGGAAGCGGAUCGCAAGGAGAGGUUGGAAUUAGCGAGGAUCGAGAAUGACAAGAGUUUAGCGUUUCUCAAAGCCGUGAUGGAUUCAUCGGCGCAGCAGCGACGAUGA